AUUCGAAAUCGGAUUCGCGCGGUAUCACGCGCGAACGUACUCGUGUAGAAAUUUCUCGGUAAAUUUCAAGUUGAAGCACAGUGCCGGCAAUACGUCGCUAACAGGGAUUCGUUGUUGUUUGUAUAAACGAAAAGUGCAACAUCGCGUGAAAGAUGGACGAAUAUGCGUACACGAGUCGUAUCGGGACUGCGUAUGAUUAGUCGAAAGACACGACCGGAAGCCAACGAUAUGUGACGAGUGGUUAAAUUUCGAUAUACUGUUGUCUGUUAUAUAAUAAUCUUGAUCGCGUAUUGCCUGACGCCAGAAUUAAGGACGCUUGACGAUGUUCGGCAACGACGUUGACAGCUGGUAUGAUUGUAAGAGAGAUGAUAUUAACGAGAUGCAUAAACGAUGCGUAAACGACGCUGAGGCCAGAAACGGUGUAUGUCUGAUCAGUUCUAGUCGUUGGAAAAAUGUUGCGUCCGAUGAUAGUGAGAGAAGAACUGGAACCUCUCGAAGCAAUGGAACGAUUCGCUGUGGUACGAUUCCUACGAGUUCUAGAUCCGGUACGGAAGUUCGAUUCAUUAAUCCGGCAAUUUACGCGGAGACGUUGAACGGCGAGGAUGUAGAGCACGAGGUGGAAAUUGAAGCGAAGCUCGGUUCUAGAGACGACGAACGUUUCGUGAGAAAUUGCGGUGAUUCCGCCGGAAUCAGCGACAUGAUGUCCACACUGUCCAUCAAUAACGACCUGGCUGCUUCGUUUAUGGAUCACGCUGGUGACCAAUGUUCAGCCGAAGAAACGUAUCGUUGUUAUUCCUUAAAUUCACCGACUGCAUGCGCAUCCUUACGAUCCGGUAUUGUUCGUUCCAAAUCCGUCACCUCGUGUAAGCAUUCGAAUCGAAUCGAGAGACGUUGUAAAAUUGCCGAUAGAGCGGACGAUAGCUACGAUCUUUGUUCUACUAGGGAUAUCGAGUGGAAAACGCAGAGGUAUACGUUUAAUGGACAGCGAAUCGUGCAAGUUUCUACCUCGUCGAUAUCCGGUGUUAGAAUAACGGGGAACAGGCGGAACGAAUCGGACGUUGGCAAGAAGAUCACUUACAGCGAGUGGAUGCGAAGGAAGGAAGAAAUAGCGCGACGGAAAAAGGAGGAGAAAGACGAGGCUGAACGGCAGAGGCAAAUGGAGGAGGAUAGGCUAGCCCGUGAAAAGGUGGAAAGAGAAUGCCGCGAGAGGGAGAAUUUCGUCAAAUGGUCCGAGAUGAAAAAGAAGGAAGAGGAGAGGAAGAAGGCUGUAAUAGAGAAGGAACUAGAAUUGCAGAAGCAAUUGAAAGAAGUGGAGGAUAAAGCGGCUGUAGCGAAGACUUUGUAUCUUCGUCAAUGGGCUCGUAAAAAGAAAGAAGAGGAGAGAGCAUGCCAGAAGAAAGAGGAAAUGAAGCGAAAAAAGCACGAAGAAGAAAGGAAAAAGAGAUUAGAGGAGAGCACGAAAGCCUACGAAAACUGGCGAAAGAUGGCGAAGAACAAACCGAGACCUGCCACGCAAGGGCUUCUGCCUCAUCAAAAAGCCAAGCCAGCGUACGUGAAUCCUACGCCGUGGCAGCGAAUCGUCGACGAUACCGAGGACGUCGAGCAGGACGCAUCGAAUGUCGGCAGAAAAAUGCAAGGUCAGCCGAGGAUGAGCAGUAAGAGAAGCGCUGUAUCUCGUCAGUGAUGAAAUCGUCGAUCGAUUGGAACUCGUUGGAACUCGGGAAAGCUACACGUGGUUCGCAGUUCGAAGUUUGAAGUUUGAAGAACGAUCGCAUAGUUUCAUUCUUACGACUCGAAGCGAGAUAGAAUUAGAAAGAAGCGACGGACGAAACCGAAUAUCAUUGAGUACGAAUUAAUUUUGGAUCGCAGACUG